UGCUGCUAUAUAUUCAAAGAAAGUUUAAACACUACGACCUACGUUCAUAUAAAUUAUAAUUUUUUUUUUUUACGUAUUUAAUUUUAUCUGUUCGAAUAAAUGUUUUAUCACGCAUUCAAUUUAUUAUUGUAGAUAAGUUCUUUUCGGUUUGCAUCAAUUAACUUUAUAUUUUAAAGCUUAUUUUAAAUGACGUUUCAUUUGGUUUGUUUUCUUCAUACUAAAAUUAUUUGAACUCAUCUUAUGUAUAUAAAAUACAAACUUCUUGAUCAUGGAGGAACUUGUGAAACUAGAGCAUUUGUCACUCGUUUCAAAGAUCUGCACAGAAUUGGACAAUCAUUUGGGUCUAAAUGACAAAGAUUUGGCUGAGUUCAUAAUAGAUUUGUCUGAAAAACAUCCAAAUUUUGAUGAGUUCAAAAAGGCUCUUAUUGAAAAUGGUGCCGAGUUUUCGGAUUCAUUUAUGUCAAAUUUGCUUCGUAUCAUUCAGCAUAUGAAACCCACUGCAACGUCAGAGCAGUCAAAUUGUAAAGAGAUUAACCAAUCAAACCCAUUAGCAAACAAAUUCCCUGGUUUAGCUAUACCAAAUGACAAGCCACCUGUCUUUUCUGAUGAAGACAGUGAUAGUAAUGAAAAGAAAAAUGACAGAACAACAGCAAAGGAUAUAUUUAAGAAUGAAAAAGUUUUUGUUAAUGAUGAUGUUGUGGACAAAGCUAUGGCAGACUUAGAAGCCCUUGCACCAUCCAAGUCUAGUGUGAAUAAUGAUGAACAUAAAUCUGCACUUAAAAAGGACAUAAAAGAAGAGAAAAGUAGAAGACCUCUAUCUCGUGAAAGAAAAAGUAGACGUAGCAGAAGUCGUGAUAAAAGGAGUAGGAGUAAGGAAAGAAGGAGUAGGAGUAGGGGGAGAAGAAGUCGAAGUAGAAACAAGAGAAGUCGAAGUAGAGGCAGAAGAAGCCGUAGUAGAGAUAGAAGAAGCCGUAGUAGAGACAGAAGAAGCCGUAGUAGAGACAGAAGAAGUCAUAGCAGAGGUAGAAGAAAAAGAACCAGGAGUCGAGAUCGAAAUAGAAAAAGAUCAAGAUCCCGUGGCCACAGAUCAAGAUCCCGUGGCCACAGAUCAAGAUCUAGAUCACACUCCAGAGAAAGACACAGAGAUCAUGGUAAGAAACUGAGAAAAAAGAGUCCAGACAUUGAAUUGAGUGAUGAUCCAGAGCCAGGAAAGAUAUACAGUGGAAGAGUGGCAAAUAUUGUUCCAUUUGGUUGUUUUGUUCAAAUGGAAGGCCUGCGGAAGAGGUGGGAAGGUCUGGUCCAUAUUUCCCAAUUGAGGGCUGAGGGAAGAGUCACAAAUGUGUCAGAUGUUGUGUCCAGGGGAGACAAAGUAAAAGUGAAAGUGAUAUCCUUAGCUGGGCAGAAAGUAUCACUCACAAUGAAAGAUGUCUGCCAGGAAACUGGAAAGGAUCUCAAUCCAGCGUCUCAUGCUCAUUUGGAGGCGGAGCGUGAAGGUCGCAACCCUGACCGGCCCCCUCCCGCGGCGACCGUUCUGGCGGGGCUGCAAGGCCUGGAUCCCGAUGAGGACUCCAGUAGGAAGAGGGUCACCAGGAUAUCUAGCCCCGAACGAUGGGAGAUUAAACAGAUGAUCUCAUCAGGCGUGAUUGAUAAAAGCGAGCUUCCCGACUUCGAUGAGGAGACAGGUUUGUUGCCAAAAGAUGAAGAUGGUGAGGCAGAUAUAGAGAUAGAACUCGUAGAAGAAGAGCCACCAUUCCUACAGGGCCACGGGAGAGCCUUACACGACCUAUCUCCAGUAAGAAUCGUGAAGAACCCUGACGGAUCACUCGCUCAGGCAGCCAUGAUGCAGUCAGCACUUGCAAAAGAGAGACGAGAACAGAAAAUGCUUCAGAGAGAACAAGAGAUGGAGAGUAUGCCAACUGGUCUUAACAAGAAUUGGAUUGAUCCCUUACCAGAGUCUGAAGGCUGGUCAUUAGCUGCAAAUACGAGAGGGACAGGGAUAAUUACUCAGGAUUUACCUGAGUGGAAGAAGCAUGUAAUAGGUGGGAAGAAAUCCUCAUUCGGAAAGAAGACAAAUUUGUCGUUAUUAGAACAGAGGCAGUCCUUACCUAUUUAUAAAUUGAAGGAUGAAUUGAUAAAGGCAAUAUCAGAUAAUCAAAUACUGAUCGUGAUUGGUGAGACUGGGUCAGGCAAGACCACCCAGAUCACACAGUAUGUGGCGGAGUGUGGGUUGAGCGCGCGGGGGAGGGUCGCUUGCACGCAGCCCAGGAGGGUGGCCGCCAUGUCAGUGGCCAAGAGGGUGGCUGAGGAGUUUGGCUGCAGGCUUGGCCAGGAAGUGGGCUAUACGAUUCGUUUCGAAGACUGCACUUCCCCUGAAACUGUUAUCAAGUACAUGACAGAUGGUAUGUUGCUCCGCGAAUGUCUCAUGGACCUAGACCUGAAAACCUACUCCGUGAUCAUGUUGGACGAGGCUCAUGAGAGGACAAUCCACACUGACGUCCUAUUCGGACUGCUCAAACAAGCUGUCCAGAAGAGACCAGAGCUCAAACUAAUUGUCACAUCAGCCACACUUGAUGCCGUCAAAUUCUCUCAGUACUUCUUCGCUGCACCAAUCUUCACCAUCCCUGGACGGACCUUCCCUGUUGAAGUCUUAUACACAAAAGAACCCGAAACAGAUUAUUUGGAUGCUUCGCUGAUAACUGUGAUGCAAAUACACCUGAGAGAACCUCCCGGAGAUAUACUUCUGUUUUUGACGGGCCAAGAGGAAAUUGAUACUGCUUGUGAGAUUCUGUAUGAGAGAAUGAAGUCUCUUGGCCCGGAUGUGCCAGAGUUGAUAAUAUUGCCUGUGUACUCGGCUUUACCUUCAGAGAUGCAGACAAGGAUCUUCGAGCCAGCCCCGCCUGGAUCCAGGAAGGUGGUGAUAGCCACGAAUAUUGCUGAGACAUCUUUAACCAUUGAUGGUAUUUACUAUGUCGUUGACCCUGGAUUUGUGAAGCAAAAGGUGUAUAACUCUAAGACAGGAAUGGAUUCAUUGGUUGUGACACCAAUAUCACAGGCGGCAGCGAAACAACGCGCCGGAAGAGCGGGAAGAACCGGGCCCGGCAAGUGUUACCGACUGUACACGGAGCGUGCCUACCGGGACGAAAUGCUGCCGACACCGGUGCCGGAGAUACAACGGACCAACCUCGCCACUACUGUGCUGCAGCUGAAGACCAUGGGUAUCAAUGACCUGUUACACUUCGACUUCAUGGACGCACCGCCCGUGGAGUCUCUUAUCAUGGCGCUGGAACAGCUGCACUCUCUGUCUGCGCUCGACUCGGAGGGGCUGCUUACUAGGCUUGGCAGACGGAUGGCAGAGUUUCCGUUAGAGCCGAAUCUCUCAAAGAUCCUGAUUAUGUCAGUCGCGCUGCAGUGUUCCGACGAAAUACUGACUGUUGUGUCCAUGCUGAGCGUGCAGAACGUCUUCUACCGGCCCAAGGACAAGCAAGCCCUGGCCGACCAGAAGAAGGCCAAGUUCAACCAGCCAGAAGGUGAUCACCUCACUUUGCUGGCCGUCUACAACAGCUGGAAGAACAAUAAGUUUUCCAACGCGUGGUGCUACGAGAACUUCGUUCAGAUACGAACACUGAAGCGGGCUCAGGAUGUGAGGAAACAGCUCCUGGGUAUCAUGGACAGACACAAGUUGGAUGUAGUGUCUGCCGCCAAGAAUACAGUUCGCGUUCAGAAGACGAUUUGCUCGGGCUUCUUCCGGAACGCGGCCAAGAAGGACCCUCAGGAAGGUUACCGUACCCUCGUGGACAGCCAAGUCGUGUACAUACAUCCUUCCAGCGCGCUCUUCAACAGACAACCGGAAUGGGUAAUAUAUCAUGAACUGGUUCAAACAACCAAGGAGUACAUGCGAGAGGUCACCACCAUAGACCCCAAGUGGCUAGUGGAGUUCGCCCCAGCUUUCUUCAAGUUCUCGGACCCUACCAAGCUGUCCAAGUUCAAGAAGAACCAACGCCUGGAACCAUUGUACAAUAAAUACGAAGAACCAAAUGCUUGGAGAAUAUCUCGCGUCCGUAGAAGGAGAAAUUAAUGCAAUUUAAUAUUAAUAAACUGUACAUCUUCAACACUUCUUAAACAUAAAUAUAAUAUGACGAAUCUAAAUUGAUCUACAACUGCUAACAACUAUUACUUUGGGAAUUUUCGAACAUAUAUUUCCCGAUAUUUAUGACUUUCAUGAUUGAAUUAUUUAAAAUAUUUUGUAGUUUUAAGAUUUCAUGUGAGGUUUUCUCAUGCUGUGAAUGAGUUUGCUGUUUUCAGAUUGUAUUUAUAUGUACAUAUAAAAUUUGAUGAUUGGAUUAUAAAUAAAUAGAUUUAAGAGAAAA